AGCAGCAGCAGCAGCAGCAGCAGAAGCAGCGGUACCACAGCCACAACCACAACCACAGAGCUGGGUGGACAGAAGAGAACUUGCAAGAACAAGGGCAGCCUGAUGACUCCUAGCCUUCAAAGUCAUUAACAAGCAGUUUGACUUCUCAGAGGCACCCCAAGUUAGCACACCGCUGGAUUCUAAUCACUGUCAGGGCUUUUGACACUUUUAAGGCAAUCCUGAGGGAGGGUAGGGAAAAAAGAAGCGGUUUUCUUCCCUGAAAAGAAACUCACAAAUUAGCAAGAUGAUUUCAGGAUCUCAGUGUGCCUUGUUCUUUUUCUUGUCCUUCGUUGCCUGUCAAGGAUCCCCGGUGUCUCAGAACUGUCUCAAUAAACAGCAGCUCCUAUCUGCUAUCCGUCAAAUGCAGCAGUUGUUAAAGGGCCAAGAGACUCGCUUUACAGAAGGGAUUCGCAACAUGAAGAACCGGCUGACCAUGCUCCAGAAUUCUGUGAACAAAGCUGUUCCAGAUGUUCCAGCAGUCUCCUGCCCUGCGUUGGAAGCUCCACCCAACGGGAGGAAGUUUGGCAGCAAGUACUUAGUGGAACACGAGGUCCAUUUCACCUGUAAUCCUGGCUUCCAGCUGAUUGGCCCCAGUAGUCUUCUCUGUCAGCCCAAUGGCAAUUGGACAGGAGACAAACCGGAGUGCAAAGACAUCAGUGAAUGUGCUAGCCAUCCUUGUCAAAAUGGCGGAACAUGUAUGGAAGGAGUCAAUCAAUAUAAAUGCACUUGUCCACAUGGAUGGACUGGAAACAACUGUCAGCACCAGGCUCAGACAGUGGCACCUGAGUGGAGUGUGACCAAUGACCCUGCCUUUAGUCGCAAGCCACGUUGUGCCAAGGUGGAUAGGACUCAACACUGUAGCUGUGAGGCGGGCUUCCACAUGAAGGGCACAGCGGAUAACAGCAUAUGUCAGGAUGUGAAUGAGUGUGAGGUUUAUAAGUUGGAGGGGGCCAACCAGCUCUGUAUGCACAACUGCAUUAAUACCCCUGGAUCCUUCCGCUGCUCUUGCCCAAGCGGAUAUCGCAUUCUUGAGGAUGGAAAAAGCUGCGAAGAUAUUGAUGAGUGUGCAGAAUCCCAGCAUACGUGUACCUGGGGGACCACAUGUAUUAACACAGGUGGCAGUUUUCAGUGUGUCAAUCCAGAGUGUCCAAAGAGCAGUGGUAAUGUGAGCUAUGUGAAAACAUCCUCAUUCCAAUGUGAACGUAACCCCUGCCCCAUGGACAGUAAAUCUUGUCACCAUGCUCCCAAGACCAUCUCUUUUCACUAUCUUGCACUACCUUCCAGCCUAAAGACACCAAUCACACUCUUCCGCAUGGCUACAGCUUCAGCUCCUGGAAGGCCAGGGCCUGACAGCUUGCGCUUUGGGAUUGUAGGAGGCAACAGCCGGGGGCAUUUUGUGAUGCAGCGCUCUGAUCGACAGACUGGGGAGCUGAUCCUCGUGCAGAGCCUGAAAGGGCCACAGACAUUAGAGGUGGACGUUGAUAUGUCAGAGUAUCUGGAUCGCACCUUCCAGGCUAAUCAUGUGUCUAAGAUCACUGUUUUUGUGUCACCCUAUGACUUCUAAGAGGGCUAUAUGGGAUGGUCACAAGCACCAAUCGCUCGGGAUUGUUUCUCUUCACCAAAGACUCAGCUCUGGGCACUGGUUCUAAAGACCUCUUUCCUCUUCUUAACCAAACUCAUACCUUAGCAGUGGAGACUUUUUGGUCACUGUAAUGUCACUGUUCCACAUGAUGGUGCUGAAGUGUCAUCGAGACACUGACACCCCUGAAUGAUUUCUGCCUUAACGUUCUUCUAGUAGAUCAUGCGCUAACCUUCUUAAGUCUGCCUCAGGAGAUGGAGAGCUUCUUUAAAGACUGUGGGAAUAGUAAUGCAAUUAGGAGUCAGUUGGGGGUAGGAAAGGGCAAAAUAAACUUUUCCGAUGACUUUCAAAUAUUUCCUAUGCUAGAAUAAAACCCUACAAUAGAGUGCUUGCCAGCUUGUGACUUUAGUAAUGUUACAAACUAGAUCACAUUUCCUCUAUAAGUAGUGGAAUAUAAUGUCUCUCCUCCCCAUAAUUCAAAGAACCUUUAAUAUGGGUUCUAUCUUUGUCCCCCAACACCACUUAUGAUGGAGUUCCACUGUAGAUAUGUCAGCACACUAAUCAAAGAAGCUGAGGAUGAUCUGGAAUCUUCCUUAUACUUCUUUGAACCAAGAAGACUAAAUAAUGUAUCUAUAACAACUAUAAGAGAUUUUGAUAUUGCCAGAUGAAAACACUUCCUGGGAAGCAGACCUGUAUAUUAAUAACCCCACUUUAUAGCUGAAGAAACUGUUUCUGCUUUUCUGGCCUUUGCUCUUGACUUUGACCCAUAAAACAACAUAGUGCCAUUUAGAUGCAUUAAUAAGGCCCUCGUUUUAUUGGAUUAGCGCAAAGAAACUCGUGGUAAUGGGAAAGAAUGCAAGCAAGCAGGAUAAUAUGUUGAUGAAUACUGGAUUUUCAUACAAUAAUCCCACUACCAAGGUCUACCAAUAUGAUAGAUCAAGAAGCCCACCAUCUUGCCAUUGAUUUUUAAGGAAAAAAUGCUCCGGGUGUUAUUUUUUCCUUAUAUGGUUGCCUCCCAACCAUGAGUAAGUCAAAAGAUGACGCUUUCCAGGUGACUAUUGAAACAAAAUGCUAGAAAGGGAAAAUUGAGAAUAUUUGUGUAUCCAAGAGAUUUGUUUAACCUCAUUAUUGAAAUGUCAUAGCAUAUCUUUUUUUAAGCUUUACAAGUUUGUCUUCAUUGUAUUUUGUUUAAGUUUUAUCUGGCAUUGAGAGGCAAUGUGGCAUAGUGUGAUAAAGAAUCAAAAUCAGAAAGACCUAGAUUCACAUACUGCCUUUAACACUUACUGGAUGAAUGGCUCAGGCUCCUAGGCACCUUUCUAAAAAUUGCAGAGAAGGUGCUGACUUACAUUGGUAGAGGCAGUGUCCUAACUUAGGAGAUCCUCAUAAUGAUAAAAUCACAACUCUAAUUGCUGUCCCUGUGUAUCUGGACCUGGAGACAAUUCUACUAUUGCCAAUGGAAGAAUAUCGAUAGUACUGUGAGUCCUGGAGAUAAGAUGGUACUAAUGAAUACAAACAUCUUCAUUUGUUACGAUAUGUUGGACUAUAAAUGUGAUUGUCCCACUCAUGAAUUGAUUUUAAAAUGCACAUUUUCCUCCCACAAGAUUUUUGCUUGGAAAAUGAGGCUCCUAGAUAUCAUUGACUCAUAGGUAAAACUUGCUUCUCAGAAUUCCCCAUUUUCUCAUACUUGAUUGGUGCCUCAAUAAAUUGUUUUGUGUUUUGCCAAAUCAAAUAAGUUGGGAAUUACAGAUAAAAUAUGAAAAGGUUGCUUCCAAUAAAGCACUUCUGCUUUUGCAGGUAUUAAAGGCAAUAUUAUUAUCUAGAAAUGAAAAAAUAAUCCCAAUGAUACAUGAGGCAGCUGAAAUAAUGAAUAACCAUUCAUAUAACAGAAUUCCUCCCCCCCCCCAUUUAGGUCUAUCGAGGCCUUUAGUGGAAGGAAGGAGAGCUCAUGUAGUCAAUGAGGACUGUGUAAGAUGAACUAUCCUAGUACAAUAUCCAAGUCAAAUAAGAAUUUUUGAAUGCUUUUCUCUUUCAGGAAAUACCAUCCGUUUUGGAGGUUUCUAGUAUUGCUCCUUGUAGCAGGACUGUACUGUUUUUAUAUUCAUGUCACUGAUGGUUCCCUCUAGUCCCCUUUUCUACCAUUAAUGUAGAGAUUUUGAUAACACUGGGCAGGUCUGAGGUGAAAUUUUGAGUUAGAUAUUGUUUUAACUUUGCCAAUUCUGCCUUCCCAGUUUUGACAACUUUGCCAUUCAUUCAUUCAACAAACUUGUUGAAUUGCCAUUUACCUGGGCUCUCCCGCAGAUCCUUGCCUGCUGGGGUCUCAGUUGUAGUACGGCACUUGGGUCUCGUCCCCUCAGAAGCAUCCCAACCUGAUAAAUCUUCUCCCGAUUAAUACCUCUCUGAUGUCCCAUUGGUCUGUGCUAGGUGAAUACUAGAUAGUCUGAUAAUCUAGAUGCUGAUAUUAUCUUUCUUGAGGAAUAUAUUUGAAUUUUAUUAGGCUUUUCUAUACAUAAUGCUUUAACUCAGGAGUGAAUUAAGUGAUGGGCAUUUCAGACAUUAUAGGAGGCUGAUAGAGGAGAUACUUAGGAGUCAGGCCAUUUUAACUCACCAUAAAUAAUUCCACAUGGACAAUGACCAAUUUUGCAUAGAUGGAAGCCUAUUUUUCUUGAUCCUCACAUUCUUGGAGCUGCCCACUAGUCUCCAGAUUUUACCAUACACUCUUCUUUUUCUCCCAGAGUGAUAGCAGCUAUAUUGAGGGAGUAAUGGGCAUUCUGGUACCUGGGGCAAUCUAUGUCUCUCUUCAAUAUCUUUCAGUAUACAAUGCUCAGAAGGGGUUUGGGGUGGGAUGUCACUACUACAUCCUGUGGCUAGAAGGACUUCAGUGUUGUUCCACUUUUAGAUGGUGCUGACAGUUCAAUGCUAUUGAACUGGUAAAGCCCAUAUAUCCCAUGAACUCAGUUCUUUGAAAGUCAAAUCACUCAUCUAUAAGCCAUAAGAAAGAGCUGUACAAGUGUCCCAGAGGGAAACUAGAGAGCUUCAUGGGGAAAAAAUUUGUAUAGAUCAUGGUAGGAAUGGUCAGGGAGGCUUUUCUACCCAAAUAAAAUCCAAAGUUACUCCCUCUUGUUAGGAUAGUAGAUGUGAUCAGACAAACUUAGGAAUUCAGAUGUAUCCUCACCCAGUUGAUGAGGCUGACACACAUCUAGCUAGAAGAAGCAGUUCUGUAAUCAGAAAGUUCCAAUGAAUAUGAUGGCCAAAAAGUAACAGGUCAUAAGACAACAGAUUUUGAGCUGGAUGGUUUGAAUAUAAUGUCUCCUCUUACCAAUUGCCUCUUUCAACCUUAAUUUUUAUUCCUUCCUAGUAUUCAACAAUAUAAUACUAGUCAUUAAAGAAAACUUUAAAAGGCAGUAUUUCUUGAGAUCAUUUAAAAAUUCGCCACAAAGUUGGGUUAUUUAAUUCAGAUGAAAAGAUAAAAGUUUCAUCAUCUGUAUUCAUUCCACACAAGCACAGGAAUAAAUAUUGUCUAUUUUUAUUGAUGAGAGUAGUAGGCUUUUUAUGAGGGACACAUUGAACAAUUUAAUUUUUUAAAGAAAGUUGGCCUAACAGUUCAUUAAAUCUGGCAUACUUAGGUCUGUAGACAGAUUUCAGAGGAUCUAUGAACUUGGAUAAGAAAAAAUAAUAAUAAUUUUCACUAACCUCUAAAUGAAAGUUAGCAUUUCCUUUGAUUAUUAAAAAAGGCGUCCAUAGGCUUCAGUAGACUGCCAAAGCACUCCAUGACACAAAAAAGACUAAGAACCUCUGUCUUAAUGACUGAAUUAUCCUGUUACAUACAACUGUCAAUAAGAGAGCAGGAGGGCCUCCACAAAUUAAUACUACAUGCGAUCUCAAUAUUUCAACCUUCUCCCCUUACCCAAGAAACCACCUAGAAUAUUUUAAUAGAAUAGUAAAAAGGUCUGAGUUGAUUUUUGUCUCUUCUGCUUAUUUUUGGCCUCUCUCUCUGGAAGAUGUAAAAUAAUACUGAAUGGAUAAGGGACAGGAAGCAUGAGGGAUCUGCACAAUGUACAAACUGGAAAAUUGGCUCUUGAGUAAUGGAAAGUAGGCCGAGCUCUUGAAAGCCUUUUCUUUUUCUUUUGAAAUAAAAGCAACUUAAAAAAAAAGAACCUCACAACCAAAUCAUUUUCUUUGUAAAAAUUAAGGGGUUAUAGUAAAUGAGCUGCAAGAUCUCUUCCAACUCCAAAUCCUGUGAUCUAAGGACAAAAUAAUAUUAAAUCAUUGUAAUAAACUUGUUGGGUUCAGGGAAGGAACUUGAGGAAGGGCUACAAAGAAUAUUACUUUGGUAGGCUUUAAGGGAGUUGCGAUCAGCUAUGAAAAGGUUGUUGCUGACAAACUGUUGCCUCUACUUCUUUUAAGUGUGGAAGGCAAUAUCAUUAUUUAGAAAUGGCUAUAUUAUGGGCAUGUAUUAUAGAAUCUUUUACUGUGUUCAUGUUUACUCACUUCGAGAGAUGAAUCAGUCUAGUCAUGCUACUGAUUUGCCUCCCUGCUUUUAGUUGUUUGCCCCAAGUAGGACACAGUCUAGGAAUGAAGAUUGGGGAAAAAGGAAGAAUGCAUUCAGUACUGUCAGCUCCUCAACCACCAGCAGAAUUGUACCCAAAAUUUAAGUGUUUGAGGCAAUUCAGUUGAACUGAAACUGAGACACCAUUCCAUGGUAGGAAAACUGACCCCAGAAAACUAUGAGACUAAUUUUGGGAAGAUUUCCAUAGGAGGGGGAGGAAGCAGAGUGGAAUAUGCCAAGAAGGAACUUACCUUAGGUGUGUCCAUGGCGGGGGAAGAAAUGUCACCUGGGAGCUUCCUGUUUUAAUUAAUUAUUCUUGCUAAGUAGGCAUUAAAUUCCAUUAUUUUCUGCACUUCAAGAAAGUGUAAGUGCUAUCGGUGAUCUCGAAGUUUUAGUACCCUGUAACUAAAUUUCCAUUGUCCCCCCCCCCGCCAUUGUUAUAGUUCUUACCACCAUCACCACCUUCAGCAAUUAGAUACCUUCUGCUUGAUUUUGAGAGGGUGCUCAUUCAUCUGUGUUUUUGUAUGUUAACUGCCAAACACUCCAUUAUGCAUGUAUAUUUUUCACAAGUUAUUUGACUAA